UGCUCCUCACCAUCGACCGGCCAGCAGCAGAGUUAUGUCACAGGCUCAAACUUUGGGCCUGACUUACUUUCUUUUACUUUACUCAAGUCAUAAAAUACAAACAAACCUUUAGCAUUUUUGUUUCAUUCUUUUUUGGCUACAAAGUCACAUCGUCACCGUGCAAGUGGCUCCGCGAGGAGUAAUGUGAAGACAUUUAAUGACGGUACCCUGGCUGAGUAGACAAAGCCAUGAAUUACCAAGCUCCAACAGCGUGCCCCACAACAUGGUAGGCUGCCAGCCAUUCUUCAGGGUAGUUGGAAGAUGGAGUCCAGACUCAGAGUGACUACUGGGAUUUUCCAAGGCCACCUGGGUGGCUAACAACAACAACCACAACAACAACAAAAAAAACACAUUGUUACCAGACACGAGAUGAACAGUGGACAUUUUUGACAACAAUCUUCACAGAUAAGAAGACUGAGAUUUUAUUCUUUAGUUAGAACAAUCUAGACUGGUUCAAAAGUAUUUUCUAUCUGCCUCUUCUUUAAGAACAGACAUCCAGUGCAGCCAAAUAUUUUAGAUUUGGAUGAAUCAUGUUGCUAUUUUUUAACUCAACUUUUUAAYCAUAAUUCUGUUUUUAAGUUCCUCUCAUUUUUAGAGAUUGACCAUGCCUCAGCCAAAGGCAAAGUCAAGCCCACCGCCUAAAGACAUUAAUGAGUUUUCCAUCAACGUGAAGAAAACUAAGACCGUCUUCUUCCAAAGAAAACGAUUAACGAGGAGGUCUCCUCUGAGAAAAUAUAUAGAUAUUGAACACCAGCAGGCGGGACUGCUGUCUCUGACUACACACAGCGAGCUCGCUGAUGCCAAAGUUGACCUGGCAAAAACGAAGAGGAAGAAGUGUGGGACCUGCCCUCCCUGUCUUCGCAAAGAGAACUGCGGGACUUGUGGCAACUGUCUGAACCGCAAGAGGUGCAAACAGAUCUGCAAGGAGCGCAAAUGUGACGAACUGAAGAAGAAACGGAGCGAGAGGGAACUGAGUGAGGUGGACCACCUUGAAGACAACAGUCGCGGCUGCUCAGAACGACCAGAAGUGGCAGCUGAGACUGUUCACAAAGUCCUUUCAGUGGAUGGCCCCAGAAGUGGAGGCCAGAUGGAAAUUGGUUCACAUCACCACCUCCAGGAAGGCACGUUGAGCCUUGAGUUGGCCAAUGGAAUGAGCCCCUUUCCUAAUGAUGAUGAUGCACCUAUGGAAACAGAACAACAGAAGGCAGGAAGUGUGCCCCCUAGGCAGUGUUGGGUGCCAGGACAUAGCAAGGUCAGUGACACCCAACAGCAGCAACCAUGUUGGAGCAGCAGUGGAGGUACAACCCCUACUGAACCAGUUCACCAUGCAAACAUGGAGGAUGCCCACAAUCUGGUAGCUUUUUCUGUUACUGCCAGCUCCUUGCCUCCUUCUUCUUCAUCUUCUUGUCACCCGGUGCAGAUUAAUACAACCCAGUUGUAUGAAAAGUUUAUCCAGGAGACAGGAGCUGGAGGGGCUCAUUCCAGAGGUUUUAUGGAGUCACCUGAGGGAAGCUGUCAAACUUCAGAAGAGCUUGAGACAUUACAGACAGCACUGCAUCAAGCCAAACAUGGUCAAAAGCCCCCCAACUGCAAUUGUGAUGGGCCUGAUUGUCCUGACUAUCUUGAGUGGCUGGAAAAGAAGAUUAAAUUAGCAACCAGAGAAAAUCAAGGCUCCCACAAAAAAUCUGAUGGUGCUCCACACUCACAACAACCCAGUUUGCAACAUUACCCUCAGACCUACCAACAGAUGAAUGGUGCCCAUCAUAUAUCCAAUUCAUGUUCGCAGAAGCAAGUGGUGAAUCCAGGCCCACACCAAGGCCAAGUGCCCUGCUCCAAACCUCCUAUUCCUUGCUCCCCCCAGGUGCUUUCCAUGGUCAAAGAAAAAAACAUCAGUCUUCAAGCAGCCAUUGCUGUAGAUGCCCUGACACAAUUGUCUGGCUCUGGUUCUCAAGCAGCCAGUUCUCUUGGCCAAACCUUAUUCAGUAAUAACUUUCAUAACCAACAGCAAACAGAGAACAUCACACAUGGUUUAAUUUCAUCCUCUCCAAACACCGCCUCAUCAUCACGCCCACAGUCUGUCCCUCCAGGUCUGCAUACCAACCAGCAGGCUCCUUCACCAUGUGAACACCACAGACCCCAGUCCCAGGGUCAGCCACCCCAUGCUACACCAUUCCCAUCCUCUACCUCUCCUUUCCCAGGUCAGGGAAAACCUCCAGGUUUUAGUUCUAAUCCUCAACAAGGGCAGCAAGGCUCUGGCAGAGAAAGUGAACAGAGAAAUCCAUGGAUGUAUUUGAAAUCGGAAACCCAGUCUCACUUUAUCAUUUCACCUCAUAAUAAAUUAGACCCCAURUCAGAGCUUAAACAGCUGCUUGGUGAUACCAGUGGUAAAUUAAAACACGUCCCUUUUAAGCUUCCAAUCACAAAGCAGCUCAGCUUGAGCCAGAAUGGAGAAAUUCAAGGCCAAGGUAGCUCACCACUGGCCCGAAUAAAGCAGGAGUUGGACUCUGAUGAACAUUACCAUCACACUGUUUCUAUGGGACAAUAUGGUUUCUCUAAUGGGCAACAGCAAGGUCAGCACUAUCCUGGUAGUCCUAUGUCUCCUGGCCAAGCAGUCAUCAGCCACUCCACUCAGACUGCUCUGCAACAUCACCUUCAUUACAGGAGGAACCUCUUCUCUACCCAUCCUCCUGGUUUUGGAGCGCCAGGCUCACGAGCACCAAUGGGUUGCCAAAACUUAAAAAAAUGGUGGCCACAAGUGGAUGCAGAAGGUUUGUCACUUCUGCCGAUUAAGCAGGAGCCCAAGGAGCCCAAAAAGAAGAAAAGCAGCCAAGGAUCUCCCAUCAUAAAAUCAGUAGGUGGGAUGUUCUUGGGCCCUCCCGUCCCCAAACCCAAACAGAUAAUCAUCAAGAAAACUAAGCAGAAAGCCUCCAUGCCAACCUUCUUGCCUCAAAGUCAGAUCAGUGUACAAAAACCACCAGUCCAUGUGAUGGACAGAUCCCCAACUCUAAACAGUCUGCAAGCAUGCUCUCUCCCCUCUCUGGCCCUCCUCAGUACCUCCACUCAGGCUGCUGUUGCAGGUUUUCCUGUCCCAGCCCAAUCUCAGGUAUCCAUUUCCAACACCUCAAUGACUUCCUCUUCCACAGUUUCUGUUUCAUCAGAACACCCUCCAACCCUCAUGGACCCUGCAUUCCUAUCUGUGGCGCCUGCAGGCCAUGAUACAACAGAAAAAUCAGACAAGAACCUGACCUCCAGUAACACCAGCAAUGCCACACCUGUGACCUCUGCGUCUUCAACCAACACUUCUCAGUUACAAAAUCUCGUCAACAUAGAUCCAAAGUUUGAAGAACUUAUCCGCCAGUUUGAGGCAGAAUUUGGAGACUCGGUUCCUGACGUAUCUGCCAGUCAACCCAAGGAGGCAAUUGCUCCAGGCCCUAAGUCAGGGAAUCAAUGUGCGAUCAGUCCUCAGAGCCUCAAUUCCACCACAUCCCACACCUCCCGGUCAGUUUCCAUCAUUAAACCCAAUCCCACACCUCAAUCGGAUGAACAGGAGAUGGUUGUCAGUAAGAGUCAGGCAGAUAGUCAAAGUGAGACAUCUAUGAGCCUGCCAAACACAGAAAGCACCAUGGAAAGRCAACAGCAAGAGCCAGUUGAUGCCUCUCUACACCAGGAAACCUUUUUGGACAAGCAGCAGGCACCCAGAGUGUUUGAGAAUAUGCUUAGCAUGCAAGAUUCUCCGCUGCCUAAACGCUUUAAAUUUGAAGCUUCAGGGGAAUUAGCAGUACUGUCUACUACCUGCUUUUCUGAAGAGGGCACACCAACCAAGGAUGGUCUUCACUCUUCCCCUUCACUUAAAGGCUUCCUAGAGUCCCCUUUGCGCUACUUGGACACCCCUACUAAGAACUUGUUGGAUACUCCAUCCAAGGACCAACAGUCAGAUUUCCCUACCUGUACCUGUGUGGAUCAAAUCCUGGAGAAAGAUGAAGGACCGUACUAUAAUCACCUGGGAUCUGGACCUACUGUAGCCUCCAUACGAACCCUGAUGGAGACAAGGUAUGGAGAGAAGGGUGAAGCUGUCCGGAUUGAAAAGGUGGUGUACACAGGCAGAGAGGGGAAGAGCUCCCACGGUUGUCCUAUAGCCAAGUGGGUGAUCCGUCGAGGCAGCGAGAAAGAGAAGCUGCUGUGUCUGGUGCGUCAUCGAGCUGGCCACCACUGUGCUAAUGCGGUCAUCAUUGUUGUUAUUUUGGCCUGGGAGGGCAUCCCGAGGGGCUUGGCAGACAAGCUGUACGAUGAAGUCACAGACACACUUACUAAAUACGGGAACCCCACCAGCCGGCGCUGUGGCCUCAAUGAUGAUCGUACCUGCGCCUGUCAGGGCAAAGACCCUGAAAUGUGUGGUGCUUCCUUUUCAUUCGGCUGCUCCUGGAGUAUGUAUUUUAAUGGCUGCAAGUACGCCCGAAGCAAAAUGCCGCGCAAGUUCAGGCUACAAGGAGAUCACCCUGAAUACGAGGAAAAACUCAGGGAUAACUUCCAAAAUCUGGCAACUGAGGUGGCUCCUUUGUACAAGCGACUGGCACCACAGGCCUACAGUAACCAGUGCCAGGCAGAACAUCGAGCUCCAGACUGUAGGUUGGGGUUGAAGGAAGGCCGUCCAUUCUCUGGAAUUACUGCUUGUAUGGAUUUCUGUGCCCAUGCUCAUAAGGACCAGCAUAAUCUCCACAAUGGCUGCACAGUGGUGUGCACUUUAACCAAGGAAGACAACCGAAAAGUAGGCGAAAUCCCUGACGACGAGCAGCUCCAUGUAUUGCCUCUUUACACAUUAUCAAAAACUGAUGAGUUUGGUAGUGAAGAAGCCCAGCGCAUCAAAAUGAAGACUGGAGCCAUACAGGUGCUUCAGGCUUUCCGUCGUGAGGUACGCAAAUUGCCAGAGCCUGCCAAAUCCUGUCGACAGCGUCGGUUGGAAGCCAAGAAGGCAGCAUCGGAGAAGAAGAAGAACAAACUCAUGCACCAGGCAGGGGAGACCCCAGAAAAAACUGUGGUCAAGGCUGAGCUCUGCAUUUCUAGUUCGGCUGAUCUCAAAGGCAACAAAGAAAUUAUAAAACAGGAAGUGAAGCCCAACAUCAAGAUGGAGCCAUUUAAUGGAUCAAUGGAUGGAUACCCCAUGCAAGCAACAGACCCUUUCAAAAAUAUUUAUCAACAUCCUGCCUACUAUGCAAGGGGAGCUCAUUCCCCCGCAGGCCAGCCCUCUCCGGCUGACACAGUGAAUGGCUACCACCACAGUCUGCCCACAAUGCCCUAUAGUUACUACAACUACCCACCCAAUGCACUUUUCCCACGCAAAUUGAGAACCUAUGAAGGUCGAAAUGGUUCUUCGCCCAAACCAGGAGGUAAGCCUGUUCAGGUAGACAAAAAGCCUGACUUUCAGAGCUCUCAGGCCAGACUGUCUCUAUCCUCUAUCAACCUCCCAGAGCACCUCACCCAAUCCAGCCCCARUGCAUACACCCAACUAUCAGAAUUCAACCCUUCCCGUCCUUCUUCUGUCUCCUCUGAGUCCUCCAACAGAGGCACUCCACUCAUCAAACAGGAGCCUUUAGAUGUGCCAGUCUAUGAAGGUGCGUUGCCAAGUCAGACUGGUGCCAACACAUCAAGAACCACCCCCCAACCUGCAGCCUGGAUAGGGUACAAGCCGAAUGGAAGUAUUAAUCCUACCACCUGGGAUGGCCAUUUAAAUCGUAGACAAAGUCCAGAAGUCUCUUCCUUGAACUUGGAUAAGUUUCACCAGCAUUCCCAGCAGCGACAGUCAUCUGCUUUUCCCCAGCAGUGGACAUCCUUCCCUUGUUCAAAUCCAGCAAUGGCUUCCUCCAAUCCAUCAAUCCAAGUACCUUCUYCUCCACCUCUGUCCCCUCACACUGGCACAGCACUCCAGGCUAACUUAUACCAAGGCUCCACAUGCCAUGCUUCCUCUCAUCCAGGUACACCACAGCCGGGCACCUCUCACUCAGGCUCAGUUACCCCACACCCAAUGACUCCAGGCCCAGGCACCCCACGCUCUGGCACUCCAGGCCCAAGCACUCCAGGCCCAGGCACCCCACGCUCUGGCACUCCAGGCCCAGGCACUCCAGGCUCAGUCACCCCUAGGCACUGGGCCAGCCCUGCUCCGAGCCCUCAGUCUAAUGCUUGGGGCAUAGGGCUUGCUGCAUAUAGCCCUGGUUUAAAGCACAGCAAUCCUGCAGGAGCCUACCCUGACAAGAUGUGGUCCAAAACCGGGGAGAAUCGGUGUUCCACUCCCCUUGGGCUCCAAGAAAAAGCCUGGAAGUCAUGUGGAGGUUCAGUGGCAGGYAGCACUCCUUCCCCGGCUCCCGAGGGUCGCCUCUUCCCUGAUGCCCUGCAGCAAUCAGAUCAAGCCUACUGCAACCCCUGCCGGGCUGAGAGUGACGUUGAGAGCUCCAAGCACCAUGAAGAAGACGAGGAAGAGGUAUGGUCUGACAGUGAACACAACUUCUUGGAUCCUACCAUUGGUGGUGUAGCAGUAGCACCAGCUCACGGUUCCAUCCUGAUUGAAUGUGCUCGCCGGGAACUACAUGCUACUACUCCGCUUAAAAAGCCCGAUCGCUCCCACCCCACUCGCAUCUCCCUGGUCUUUUACCAGCACAAGAAUCUCAACCAGCCAAUGCACGGCCUGGCUCUGUGGGAGGCCAAAAUGAAGCUGCUGGCAGAGCGAGCGCUUCAGAGGCAGCAGGAAGCAGCUCUCCUCGGUCUCUCCCAGGAGGACAUUAAGACUCUCGGAAAGAAACGUAAAUGGGGUGCUACAGUCACAGGUUCCAGCCCAGGACCUGGACAAACUAAAGACAAGAAAGUCGGGCCAGUGACACGAUUAUCCUCCACGUUUUACACCACCUCUGUAGUUACAGUGUCUCCCUAUGCCUUCACUCGCCUCACUGGGCCCUACAGUCACUUCGUCUGAGGCCUGAUGGACACAGAAAGACUGAAAGCAACAUAGUGGUGCAGUGGAGGGCUGUAGAAGGCAGGAUGAAUGUCUUUUUGCUGUUUCACAGUCUGGCAUCUCUCCAUCCUGCCCCUCUCCACAGUCCAUAUGGAGGAGGGACAUUUUCAUUGUGUUUUACCUCAUGUCAGGCAGUGGUUUGGGCUGCCUGUGGUGCUCUUUCUCUCUCAUUCCCAGAGAGGAACUCCAUUGCUUUUUUUCUUGUUUAUAGAAUUUUAAUGAUCCCAAUUGCUAUUAUUAUCAAUAAUAUUAUGAUUGCUCUUGUUACUGUCAUUGUUAUUACAGGUAUUACUAUAAUGAACACUUGUUUUUCUUAUUGCUGGUUUUUAAUAAUGUUAUUGAGGUGAUUGUUUUUUGUUCAUGUUUUUGUUUUAAUUGACGAGUCUGAGUCACCAUUGCUUUUUACUUAUUUGGAAAACUGUAACCCAUUUUUUUCUGCUUUUAAAUUUCUUUCUCCUUAUUGGUUGAAAAACUCUACUAACAGGAGGAGCCAUUAUCUAUUCAAUCAGACAGAAAAUCAAGAACACAAUACACAAUCAUGUCUGUUUAAAGAAGUUAAUGUGUGAAGUUUAGCCUAGUUUUUCAGCAUGUUAUCACUGACAUCUAAGAAAAGUUUUACAGGAAUGAUAAAAAAAAUGUAAUAACAAUCAUAAUAAUAGAAAAAAGAGACUGGUUGCCAAGAUCAAAACAGACUGCAGGUAAACCACAGUAUUGCCUGUCUCUUGGCUAGAUGAUGUGCUUCUCCUGCUUAUCUGCACUCCUCCAGCUUUCUACUGGUGCUCAAACUCUGGCUCUGAUCAGUUCUUAGUCCGCUACUCUUCAUUGCAUUUGAUGCAGUAUUUAGGUGCUCUAUUCCAGUUUGGCUCAAGAAGUGUUUGCAGGCAAGUAAAUACUUGUAUUUUAAAUAGGUGGUGGGGUAACAGAACAACAGUUUUUAUUGUUUUAAGAUCCRGGGAAGGAACAUUUGUCUAGAGACAAGGGUAGAAAAAUGCUGUUCUUUGCUCAGUUUUCUUCCAUGGUGAAAACUGUGCUUCUGAUAUCUCUUGAUGUGCAGUUACUACACAGACAUGGAGCAGGUGGAAUUCUUUUUAUCUUCCUAMAACUUUUGAUUAGGGCUCAGUACUUCCCAGCAUAAGCUCUAGAGGGCAGCAGUGUCUUCUUUUUCAACAYGCACUUGAGAUGGUUCUUGAACCAGUGAAGCGUUUGCUUUGCUGCUUUAGCCRCCCACAGCCAGCAGAGGGGGAUCUCACCCUGUCUGCUGACCAUAGCUGGGACUCGCUAAAGCAGCUCAAGGCAAAGCCGACCUCUGUCCCACCGUGGAUCAAAUAUGACCAGAGCUGCAUCUGAGCAGAUCUUGGGUUACAGCAGAGGAAAAGUGUCGGGACUGCAGUGCUCUUGGUGCUUCUAACACACACACACUCUGGUGCUGUCCUACUACACUUGAUUUACCGUGAAGGACCCUCUUCCUUCCUCUGCAUGGUGCUGUCAUCUUUGAGCAGAGCGAGGCGUUUCCUUCCACAGGCACCUUGUUGCCACAGAGCCAGCCUAGCUAACGUGGCUGCUCUUUGGGUUGCAGCUUUGCUGUUGGACUUAAAACCUGGUUCUUGUUGAAGWAAUYGUUGCGGAUCAAAUWGAAAGGCUACUGUCCAGAGCGAGGAAAGCACAGYCAGUCAUCGCUUCUCCUCAUAACACAUCAACAGAGGAACCAUAGAACUUACUGUAGCUUCAGGGAGCAGAUACGAAUCAAUUAGUCUCUCACUUUGUGUACGCGACUGAGGUUCACCUGAACUGACACCGGUGUGUGAAAGAGACAAACCAAAGUGAGGGACUACUUGACAGCACCACUUGAGUCCUCAUUUUUACUUUAGUCACAUAGUUUGCUUGCAGUGUGUGUGGAAAUGACAGGACUCUAGGAGUAGUAGUUUGGCUCAGCGCCCUGCUCUCCCACAGGCCUCCAGCUCUCUACCUCAGGCUGUAGAGACACUGGUCACAAUCACAACUUGCUACUGAAGGCAGAAAAUCCUGCACGUCUCCCCCCUCCGCCCCCCGUGUGUUCUAGGUUCCCCAUACUCAUUUUAACUUGCUUUUGUUUUAUAUAUUUUUUUACUCUUAUUUAUUACUACAUUGUGAUUAUGAUAAUGAUUGUCUUUGAUGUUAUUGCGUUUUUCAUCUUUUUAUAUAGCUAAUACAAAUUGUACAUAGAGAAGAAAAAAUUUAUAAAAGCACUUUUAAUCUUGAUUUUAAUGACAAAAAGAAAGAGCMGAUUAUUGACAACUUGAAGCUUAGUUUUUUUUUCUUUGUUCAUUUCCUCAAGAGAGAGAUAAAAAAAAUGUAAAUAUUAAACUAUUUAGGUAAGAUUAUUUAACUGGUGAGGAUAGUAACUAAACCAUGGAUGACGGGAGUGUAUUGAAGUCUCAGACAGCUCUUUGCAACACUUGAUCUGAACGUGUUGUAAAAACUUGUGCUCAGUAACUCUGCUGUUUUACUUUUUUAAGUACUGUACCCCUUGUUGACCUGUAAAUGGCAGACACACAAUGAUGUGAUGACAGUACACCCUCCACAUACCAAACCAAACCCAUUCUGCAGUUCUCUUGUUCAAACUUUACAUCUACACAAUGUCUAAAUUUUUAGAGUUUUACAAAAACUCAAUGACAGACUCCGUCAACCUUAAACACAAAUGAAUAACRUUAUCAGUGACGUGUUUAAAGACAAGUCUAAACCUGUAGCCAUGAACAAAAUGGUAAUUUGAGUUAAGGAAAUAUGCUCAUUUACUUACUUUUAAACAUAAAAUGAGAUGAUCAAUGCUGUUUUUAUAGACUCACGCUUACCAGCACAUUUAAUACUCUUUUACAUGUCAUUUAUUUACUUACUCUUUUCAAAACCCUACAGCUAAACCAGUUGGUAUUUUACAGAAGCUGAUUUCAGGAAGGUCCCAUACUCCUCUACAACAGAUUUAUCAUUAAAUUCCAACAGGUAUCUAGGUGCUAUCAUUAUGGAGAUUUUUUUAAAAACCUUUGAUUGUUUCCCAUAUAAUCAUGGCUUCAUCUUGAGAAAAGAAAAACCUGUCAGUGUCCUCAUGACUUUGACAACACAGAGGUGAAUUUAAGGUGAUGUUUUAGUGAGUKACAGUAUAGCCUGCCAAUCUUUUUCCACUUGUGUUAGACUAUCAUGUAAGUGAGACUGCCUCCCCCGCUUGUUUAGAUGUCUGUAUAAAUAUUGUCUGCUCUAGCUUUGCUAAUAUUUAAGGACGCUCACUGCUCACGACACCCCUUUGGAAGUUAUCGGAUUUCUUUUAACUUUUAAUGGUAUUUCAUCAACUUAACACACACGUCACGGCUUACAGGAAGUUGUACCGGUGCAGUGGCCAGGGUCUGUUGUACUUACUGAGCACAGGACACGUCCGACGUCACACACACACUUCUGUAAGAAAGGGUGCUGAGGAUACCGUGUACAACAUAUCUUAUAAUCUUUGUACAUUUCUAAAUGUCUCACCUUUUCUUGUUGGUUCUCAUGAGAGUUUAUUUAAAACACAUACUGAGAAAUGGGGGAUGUUGGGGGUGGGGGUCGGACAACCGGUGCUAUGAUGCUACACCUUAAAAUUCACUGUGUGAAAGUGAGAAAAAGGAAGAAGAAAAAAGAAAAACACAAAGGAUAAGUGAUAACCACAAAUAUUUUUCUGAGCUCCUUGAAUAUCAAGAAAACUUUAGUUUUGAUUCGAGCAGUUUUGAAGUUUAGGAAGCUGCCCUGGUGCUGACUUUAUGACGAGUCUUUUGUUACAACGCUACAAAUGUACAUCUCUUUGUUCAAGGGCAACGGUUGAUUACAUCCUCUCUCUGUUCAUUCCAUGUUAUACUUGAAGUCACUGAAACUAGGAUGAGAAGUAGAAACAAAUUAUAUGAAGACUGUUAUCUGGGUUUUAUUUCUGGUACAGUGCGAGUACCGAACCAUUAGAUUUUUCUUCUAAGUAUGUUGUAAAUGUACAUGUUAGCUGAAUGCUAAAAUAUUUGAACAUUUCCAUAAUUGUGUACUGCCGCCCUCAUCCUCUCCCUAGUCAUGCACUUCAWAUCCUCACCCCAACCCUUUUCUCUUAAAUCUUGUAUAUUUUGUCUUUCUUAACCACAUUAAAAAAUGGGGAAAAAAAGGAAAAAAAUGCAUCUCAUUAUGUAUGGCCCAAUGUUGAAAUGUUAUCAUCUAAUUUGCUGAAUAUUGAAAAUUUGGAAUAAAGAUUUAGACCCUGGCCCAUACAAAAAGAUGAAAAUGAACCUACACAAGUGGCAGCUACAUUUCUUUUUUGAGUUGUAGGAAUUGUUCUUGGUUCUUUAUUUUCAUGUCAAGGAUGCAGUAUGUAAAAAAGUGUUUUUGUUCAGUCUCUAUCUCUCUCUUUGUAGCUGUAUGGUGUAUUAUGUGAAUACAUAGUGUAUGUGGUUAAAAAACCCACAAUAUUGUUUUAUGUUGCGCGAUAAAUAAAAAUAUUAAAGUGAAA